GCAGGCACAGCCCCGGCGGCAGGUACGGCCCGCCGCUGCCCCCGGCAGCCGCACCGGGGCUUCCGAAGGGAUUGCGACUGCCGGUUGUUUUUUUUUUUUCCCCGGUGGAGAUGAUGAGCUGCGGCUCGUGCCCGCCCGUCCUCCCGUUCCCUCGGCUCUGAAGAGCCGGGGGUGCAGCGCGGCGUGCUGCGGGGGCACCUUCCCGGCGGGGCUCGGCCAGCGCUGCCCGCUCCGCUCUCCUCCGAGGCCGCUCGGUGCCGCCCGCGGGGUAAUUCCGGCCCAGGGAAUUGCGGGACACGUGAGCGCGGCGGGGCCGCCCCGGGACCGCCCGGCGGGGCGGGCGCGGCAACAAAGGGCGGCGGGGACGGCAGGGACGGAGGGCAGCGGGCUCGCCUGGCUCUCACCUCCCGCCCCGCUCUCUCCUGCCCCGCAGCCCCGCGGCCAGCACCGCGCCAGCGCCGGGCUGCUCCGGCCGCGCCGCAGAUGAAGUGCGAGAACUGCACCAAGAAGGAAUGCAGUAAAAAACAGAAAAAUGAUGAUACACAAAGUGCAUCUGUUGAUGCAUUGAGUUCAAAUGAUGGCUCUGAAGAGAAUGAGUUUGAUACAUUGGCUAAUGCUAAAAUACUCCUUAGCGACUGCCUAGCUUGUGACAGUUGCAUGACUUUGGAAGAAGGAGCCAGAGUUUUCCAGCAGAACCAGAAGGAAUUCUUUCGUGUUCUCAACCUUAAUAAGAAAUGUGAUACCUCAAAACACAAAGUGUUGGCAGUGUCUCUAUGCCCUCAGUCAUUGCCUUAUUUUGCUGCUAAAUUCAAUCUCUCUGUGAAUGAAGCAGCCAAGAGACUCUGUGGUUUCCUCAAAAGUCUUGGGGUGCAUUAUGUGUUUGACACCACUAUAGCUGCAGAUUUCAGUAUCCUGGAGAGCCAGAGGGAAUUUGUGCAGCGCUACCAACGGAGGAACCAGGAGGAACAUGCCUUACCAAUGUUUGCCUCUGCUUGCCCUGGUUGGAUCCGUUAUGCUGAAAGGGUUCUCACCAACCUGGUGACCCCUCACAUCUGCACUGCAAAGUCUCCUCAGCAGAUCAUGGGCUCCCUGGUGAAGGGCUACUUUGCCAGGCAGCAGAACUUGUCUCCUGAUAAAAUUUUCCAUGUAGUCGUGGCACCUUGUUAUGACAAAAAGCUGGAAGCCUUGAGGGAAGAUUUCUACAAUGCCUUGUAUAAUUCAGCAGAAGUUGAUUGUGUCCUGACAUCAGGUGAAAUUGUGCAAAUAAUGGAACAGAAAAAUGUGUCAAUGGAAGAUGUGACUGAAGUAGCUGUGGAUAGUUUGUUUGAUGACUUAAAGGAGGGAGAUGUCGUGAGGCACGAAGGGAAGAGAUCUGAUGGUUACCUGGAGCACAUUUUUAAACAUGCUGCAAAGGAGCUUUUUGGCGUGGACGUCAAGGAGAUCACCUACAAAGCACUAAAGAACAAGGACUUUCAAGAAGUUACCCUUGAAAAGGAUGGGGAGACAGUGCUGCGUUUUGCAGCAGCUUAUGGCUUCAGAAAUAUCCAAAACAUGGUCCUGAAGUUGAAAAAAGGAAAGUUUUUCUACCAUUUUGUAGAAGUCCUUGCCUGCCCAGGAGGGUGCCUCAAUGGAAAGGGCCAGGCCCAGACUGAGGAUGGCAAACCAGACAGAGCCCUGCUUGCCCAGAUGGAAGAGGUGUACACUGCAAUUCCUGUCAGGCUGCCAGAAACCAACCUGCACGUGCAGAGGAUGUACCAGGACUGGCUGGAGGGCAUGGACUCCACCAAGGUCCAGGACACUCUGCACACCACCUACAGUGCAGUAAAUCAGAGCACCAGCAGCUUGGACAUCAAAUGGUAACACUGCAGAUGGUAACUGGGGCUGCAGGGCAGCUCUGGGACCUCUGUGCACUGAGCUCUGCCCAGCUGGGGUUGUUUUGGGAAGAAACAUUGCUUUGCUAAACCAGACAAGUCUCCAAAAGCCCUGGUUCCUGCCACUGUCAUUUCACUUGUACUGUUUGUCAUUUCCUGCAUACAGAGGAUUUCUGCAUUUUAAAAUCUUGCAAGGUACAUAAGCCCUUUCUGCCAGGGACAGGGAGUGGAAUUCCUGAUCAAGUUUCUCCCUGAAGUGAAGGUUCACGAAAGGGGCUCCUCCAAGAGGAGAUGAGAUGAUUUUACUUCUAGGUCUGCAGUCCCUGUCAACACAGGAAUUUCAGUGUUGAUGCAGUUGGUGUGAAGUCAUUUGGGAUUUGCUUGCCUUGGUAAGGAAAAAGCCCUUUUAAAGGACAAGUGAGUAUAUGGAGAGAUGCAAUGAAUUUUUAUAAGCCUUGUAUCCAUAAUUCAGCAAAAAAUAGUUCCAAACUAGGCAUCAUUUCUUACUGAUGCAGUGUCACAAUGCUUCACAGCAACUCAAUCUGGGAAGCCAAUGCUAAAUGGUUCAUUUAAAAUAGUUCCAAAUUGGUUGGUUGGUACAAAAAGAGAACUUUCUUCCCAGGUAACUUUUCUAAGUUUGCAGCCAGAAGCAGUGGUGCUGCAUGCUUUGGCUUCUCUGAGAGUGGAACAUGCCCAGAUUGUUCUUUCAUUUGUCUCCAUGUUGAAAGACUUCUGCAAAAAAUAACUUCCUGGGGUGCCUCUGAGAAAAAAUACUGAGCAAUGCUUGUGAGCUCAUCAGAGUUACAAUAUGUUGGCAUCAUGAUUUUUGAUGCACUUAUUUUUAUAAAUAUGCUAUAGAGGUUCAUUUAACAGCCAUUGUGAAGUGGUACUGCCAUUCAGCUUGUCUGCAGCUUCCCCACUUGUCAGAGAUUUAUUCAAGAAUGUGAUGGACAAAAGAAAUUAAGACUCCUGCCAGACUUCACAUUUUCCUGAUAGCAUCAGAUCUGUUCACAAUUAAUGGCUGUUUGAAGCUAGCAAAGUUCUAGCUUUCCUUAUGCACCUGAGUGUGAAUGGGCUCUUUUAAUCAUUUCGUGCAGUUUGAAUCAAUCUUCUUUGCAAAUUGUGCAAAUUUUCAAUAUUACAACUGCUUGUAUGAGUAAGAAAUCCUGCAAAAACCUGUGAGUGUUUAAAAUGCACAUUUAACCUGGACAGUGGAAUGGGAUGAAGCAUCAGGGGAGGGGAGGCAAGAGCUGGCAUUGGCUAGAGCAGGGAGGCUGAAAAGGAGAGAGACAGAGAAGUGUCACCCUGCUGACAAGAAACAGCUCUCUUCAUGUGAAGCUGUUAAACACUGCAGCUUUCCAUUGGACCUGCACCUAAAUAACAAACCACUGCACUGGGAGGGAGGUUUUCUGAAUGAAUUUGAUUUACUGCACUACCUGAAUGCCCACAAUGAGAUUAUGCCCAUGAAUUACAUGAAUUAGCCUUUGCAGGGUGUUCCUUGUGAUAAGAACCAUACUUGCCAUGGUGCAAUAUCAGAACAUCGACAGAAAUCUACCUCUGUACAGGGAGGGAGUCCAGAGUGGUGGGAAGAGCUGUGUGUGCUGGAACUGUGAUAGAUGUGUGCUGGGGAAAGGUGGGGGUGUGGUGUGACAUUUCAAACCAGAUUACUUCCAGGAGCAACAUCCACCUCCUUCGGUCUCGUUUGUUCAUCUGUGAUUUCCUCCAAGAGCUCCACCAGAACUGUCAUGUAAUAAAGUGGUCCUGUUCUGUUUGUAUAGGCCUGUUUCUCUGUAUAUAUGGUUUGUAGCUGGAUGCAUGUUUAAAUUAUAUCUCUGCUGCUCUUUG